CCUUUCUCCCGCUUCUGUUCUUUGUUUUCACUUGGCCUGAUCGAGUGUCGUACACCUUCAGGCUUCAGAUGACCGAAAAAGAGAAAAGUCAGAUGAGAAUACGAAGAAGAGUUUCUUUUCGUGGUUUUUCAGUUCUAGGUUUCUUUUAGGUUCCAGGAAUCUGUAGAGGCUUGCCAUUUCUCUCAGCUUAGCAAAAUUUGGGAGAGAUUCUGGAAUUAUUUCAUUGAUUUCCAGUCCAGAGAAAUUUUGUUCCAGAAGGGACUUGUUUGAGUUCUUCUUUCUUCCGUUUUAAUUCAUUCGAGGAAUUCUUGGGAUUUUGAUCUGUGUCGAUCAUGCUUGUGUUUCGAGGCUUUGUACGAGGGUUGCUUGAAUUUUGAAGAGAAUGACUUUGAAUUUCGUUUGCGGAGAAAAUUAAAUUUGGGAAGACUGAAGAAUGCUCGUUUUAAAUCGUCAUUUUUCUUUCGGUGAGUGAUUUCAUGGUUCCUUUUUGGGAUUAUGUGAAAAUUAGAGUGCAGAGGUUGCUGGAUAAUACGAGUCCGCAAGGCUGAAAAAUGUGUCGUUUUAUUUAUGUCCUUAAUGAGCACUUCCAUGGUCUUAGCCGAGAGUUUCAUUGCUUGUAAACGGAGUGCGUUCCAAACGACACUACCGUCCCGCAAUACAUCGAAUUCUGUGGUUCUAUUGGCUGGUGGAAGGAGACGGCUUCGUGGGUUGAUUCCGAAUGCGAGGAAUGGGCACUCAGGGAAAAGAACUUGGUGGCAGAAGUUCUUUAUUGAUGAAGACGGGAAUUGGUUUGGUUUCAAGGAGGACGAUUUGCUUCAGGAUCCUGAGAGUUCAGGAGAAAACAAACUGUCGGAGGGGGAAAAGUUCGAAGCCUGGAAGAGGAGAGCUGAGGCAAUUACAGAGCUGAGGGAGGCACAGAAAGAUAUGAGGAAUGCAGCGAGUCGAGAAUGGGAAGAUUGGCUGGUGGAGGGAACACCUGAGGAUGACAGUUCUUCUUGGGUUCAGGAUUGGUCUGAUGGGCUCGGGGAAUCAAGGGAUGAUAUCCCGGUCGAUCAGAGUGAGAUGAUACCUGAGAAAGGCUUUGUUGACUCUGUAAGGGACUUGGUUCUUGGGAAAGAAGAUGAUGACUUGCUAUACGAAGACCGUGUUUUUCAGUAUGCCUCAUCAAAUUCGGCAAAAUUUUUGGCAGUAUUGGUGGUUAUACCAUGGACAUUGGAUUUUUUGGUUCAUGACUACGUUCUCAUGCCAUUUUUAGAUAGGUAUGUGAAGACUGUUCCACUUGCAGCAGAAAUGCUUGAUGUGCGAAGAAAUCAAAAACUUGAAAUGAUAAAGGCAUUAAAAGUUGAGAAAGCAAGAUUCCGAUUUGAAGUAGAGAUUGGUAAAUCUCCUCCUCUUUCUGAUGAGGAAGCUUGGUUGGAGUUGCGACAUAAAGCGUUAGAGUUGAGAGAUGAAUGGAGGUUAGAGAACCGGAGAGCAUUUGCCAAUAUAUGGUCGGAUAUGGUUUUUGGGAUUACAUUAUUCAUUCUUUUAUACUUUAAUCAGAGCAAAGUAGCACUGCUGAAGUUUACGGGAUAUAAAUUAAUAAAUAAUAUUUCAGAUACUGGGAAGGCAUUUCUUAUUAUCCUUAUCACAGACAUUUUUCUGGGGUAUCAUUCUGAAUCAGGUUGGCAAACUUUGUUGGAAAUAAUUGUUGAGCAUUAUGGGUUUGAGGUUGAUCAGUCUGUGAUAACUAUUUUUGUAUGCCUUGUUCCAGUUGUUAUCGAUGCAUGUGUGAAGCUUUGGGAUCUGGCCUCGGGGAAGAUGAUUGGUAGAGGAUAUAUGGUCGAUGGACUUUACAUGCUGGAGAAUAAGGAUGGUCUUCAAGUCAUAGAGUCUAAGAGUCAAUCCUUUAUUCAAAUUCCUUCCAAGAUUGUCUCCAAAAGUAUCAAACAUUUUCAGGGAAAUGAAGCGACAUUAGUUCUCUUAUUUGGAAUUUUUUCUCUCCAUCCAAGGAACCACCUGGCCAGAAAAUGCAAGCUUCUUCUUUGGAAGACCUAGGUAAGCAGCUAUACAUAUAUUGGAGAGACAAAGACGUUUCCAAGUUGAAAAGGAUUUCUAAGGGAAGACUUGGGAACACGGCCAAGUUUGAAGAAAUGCUUGCAGAACCAUUGUCUGUAAAAUUUCUGCUUUUGCUGAGUCAGUAACGAAUGCUGGUGAAACAUAAAUGUUUGCAGAACCGGGGAGCGAAGAGAUACUCUCUAGUCUCUAUGUAACUUAUUGACAGAAGAAAGGGCACUAAAGUCAUGAUAGUGCAGGGACUGUUCUAAAGAGUGAAGCCACAUGACCUACAAAGCUGUAAAUUCCCUAGUGCUGUAAGUUCAAUUCAGAGGAUCAUGACCUACAAGGCUACAACAUAGAAAUAUAACUGAGGGUUCACGCCACAGAAAAGGGUUUCCACCCAAAAUUCAUCAAUCACAUGGGUGUUAUCGUUUAAUAGAAAAUAAUUAAUAUUUCUCCAUUAUUGUUGUUUUGUCCAUAUGUUACAGAUAUUCAGCAAACUAAGAAUAUAUAUGAUUACAGUCACACUCCA